AUGAAAUAUAUUAUUGUUUCGAAAAACUUGUUAAAGAAAUAUAAUCAAAUAUGUGUUCGUACUGUAACCACGGCUACGACAAGGAAAUGGCAAAGUGUAGUUGGUUUAGAAGUGCACGCUCAGUUAAAUACUAAAUCGAAACUUUUUUCGGGUGCUGAAAAUACAUUUGGUGGCUUGGUGAAUAAUUGUGUGUCUCUAUUCGAUGCUGCCAUUCCCGGUACGCUACCGGUUCUUAAUAGAAAGUGUGUAGAAUUAGGAAUAUUGACGGCAUUAGCUCUCUCUUGUAAAGUAAAUGAAGUUUCGACUUUUGACCGUAAACACUAUUUUUACGCGGACUUGCCUAGUGGUUAUCAGAUUACACAACAAAGAGCCCCAUUAGCCAGUGAUGGUAUUAUAAAUUUUCAGGUAUUCACACCAGGCAUUCACAAGAAACCUUACAACAAAAGUUCAAGAAUAAAACAGAUUCAGUUAGAACAGGACAGUGGCAAGUCCCUUCAUGACUCGGAGUUAAAGAGGAGUCUCGUUGACCUUAACCGAGCCGGUGCACCGCUUAUUGAACUUGUUUUCGAACCAGACUUGGAGGAUGGCGAAGAAGCAGCGGCUCUUGUAAAGGAGUUAGUUUUAAUAGUCCAACGUUUAGGAGCUUGUUCUGGUCGCAUGGAAGAAGGAGCGUUGAGAGUAGACGCUAAUGUGUCUCUAAGACGAUUUGGUGAUCCACUUUCAACACGCACAGAGAUAAAAAACAUUGGGUCAGUCCGAGGUGUUGCUGGGGCUGUUCAUCAUGAGAUUGAACGACAGAGAUCUAUAUUGGAGAAUGGCGGAAAGAUUAUUAAUGAAACCCGAGCUUGGGAUGCCACAGCCAAAGUCACUAUACCAAUGAGGGAUAAAGAAGUUGUUCAAGAUUAUAGAUAUAUGCCAGAGCCAAACCUACCUCCAUUAAGGGUGAAUCUCGACACGAAAGAAGAUACCCAAGACAUUAUAAGUGUGCCAUCAAUAAAAGACAGAAUACCCGAGCUCCCAGAACAAUCUAGAACAAAAUUAAUCAACAAAUUUAAUUUAAAACCAGAAAUAGCAAUACAACUUGUCAAUGAGCCCGUGUUACUCAAUUACUUUGAAAAUGUCAUAGAAAACAGUGAUAGGAAUCCAAUCAAAUUGGCCAAUCUGUUGCUGAAUGAACUUUUGACUGUAUUAAAUAAAUGCAAAAUUGAUGUCGAGAACUGUCCAAUAACAGUUAAACAUUUAUCAGAUUUAGUUGAUUUGUUUUUAAUUAAUAGAGUGAAUUUGGAUGUUUGCCGUAGAACUUUUGAAUGUCUUGUAAAGGACUCCAGUUUAAAUGUAGAAGAGGUCAUAAAACAAAAUGGCUGGUUCUUAAUAUCGGAUGAAACGGACAUCACUAAUAAAUGUUUAGAAAUCAUAGAAAAUAAUCCGAAAUUAGUUAAACAGUAUAGGGAUGGAAAAAUAAAAGUAUUUAAAGCAUUAUUGGGACUACUAGCUAAGGACACUAACAAUAAACUUGAUAUGUCACUGGCAUCAAAGAAAAUGGAAGAAUUAUUAAAAAAAGAAUAA